ACGUACCGAAGCUCGUCAUUUCUGCUACUCAUCUGUUCUUUGUUUCCAUUUCACACAGAGACCAAACCCUAAGAGGAGACCAUGGGAGUCGCUAAUCUCUCAUACGAGGAAUGUCGUCGUAAGAGAGUCGAAGAAAACAAGAAGAGAAUGGAUGCCCUAAAUUUGCCCUUGCUUUCUCAAGCUCUCCUCGAUUCUUCUCCUUCCAAAUCCAAAUCCAAAUCGUCCCCUAGUAAACAGGCCAAGCAUCGUGAGAUGAAGAAACAACUGGUGGUAGUGAGGAGAUCCAGUCGCGUAACAAAACAACCAGGGCCUGUUUACGCUGAAGUUCUUGUCAAUCGCGUGGCUUUUCCUAAAAGAUUCUCCAGCGCAAGAGAUUAUCCAGACCAUUUUUUUGCUUCGGAUGAAGCAAGAAAAAAUGCGUUUGAAAGAGCUGAGAGAUUACAAUCUGUAUUGGAGCCAAAUUAUCCCAACUUUAUAAAGUCAAUGGUUCGGUCUCAUGUUAGCGGUUGUUUCUGGCUGGGCCUUCCUUCUCAUUUCUGCAAGGAGCACCUACCAACCAAUGAUGGAGUAAUGACUUUAAUAGAUGAAGGUGGCGAUGAGUAUCCAAUAAUAUAUUUGGCGCGAAAGACAGGGUUUAGUGGAGGAUGGAAGGGUUUUUCAGUUGCUCAUAAAUUGGCAGAUGGGGAUGCUGUGAUUUUUCAACUCAUUAAACCUACAACCUGCAAGGUGUACAUCUUUCGAGUUGGUGACUCGAAAGAAGAUAGCGAUUCUAACAGUAGCUAAGUGAUACUUACCUAUCCUAAGUCAGGAGAUAAUGGGAAGGAAGUGCACAUAAUGCAGAAGCCAGACUUGGUUUUGGAGUAAAAAGCAAUCUCUCUGUCUUGUACAAUCUUGUAUCUGCUGAUGAAUAGGGUUUGUCUAUCAAGUCCCCCUUGGCCCCAACAUAUCUUCAUUUCUUAUUCUCCUUAUUAAAUUAAACCUCUUGCUCCUUGUUUUCACUUAGACUUCUGUGUUUAGCUGAUAGCUUCUGCAGAUUUUGAACGGGAGAGCCUCGGGGU